AUGACGUUGAAAGAAUUGUGUAAGAAAUGUGAAAUUUGCCAAAGUCCGAAAAAUAAACCGCCUGCUGGUAUUCCUCAUACAUGGAUGUAUCCCACAGCACCUUGGGAGAGAGUUCACGCAGAUUUCGCGGAGUUUGAAGGUCAACAUUAUCUUAUUAUGAUUGACGCUUAUUCGAAAUGGUUGGAAGUGCAUGAAAUGGGCACUAGUACAACCGAUAGUAGGAAAAUAGAGGUAAUGAGGCGAGUUUUCAGUUUUCAUGGCAUUCCAGGACGAUUGGUGACAGAUAAUGGUCCACAAUUCAGUUCAGUAGAAUUUCAGGAGUUCAUGAAAGGAAAUGGUGUCAAACAUCAACUCACACUUCCAUAUCACCCAUCAAGCAAUGGACAAGCAGAACGAGCAGUUCAAAUCUUCAAGAGAUCUAUGGAGGCACGACCUAAAGGACGUACUAUUCGACAUCAAAUAUCUAUACUACUGCUGCAGCAUAGGUCGACUCCUAAUACCUCAACAGGAAAAAUGCCAUCCGAAUUGCUAAUGAAGAGACUCUUACGAACAAGGCUAAGCUUUGUUAAACCUACAGUUGGAGGAGAGAUUCGAGACAGACAGGAGAGCCAAACAGAAGCUGCAUACAGAAAUCCUGAGAUGUUAGCUGAAGAAGCAGUGGCAGUAUGGAACCCAAGACAAGAUAGUCGGGGACGGUGGCUCUCUGGAACAGUAGUUCAGAAACUGGAACUGAGCAACUAUCUUGUAAACGUGAAUGGUCAGGCUAGCUAUGUUCAUGUAGACCAUAUAUUACAUCGUGAUAUCAGAAGUUUUUCAAAGGAUGUAGAUCAGGAACAAGCAUCUCCGUCUACAUUUGUGCUUACCGAAAACAUGCCAGUAUCUGUUCAUUGGGAAUUCUUAUUAAGACACACAGUUACCGUACAUUUGUUUUCAUUUGUGACUGUGCAGCUUAUUUUAUGA